CGUAAAAACAACUCAAUUGACAACAAACGUUGACCAUAUCCAUUCUGGCAACACCCAAUUAGUCUUCUAUUUAAGUUCUGUAAAGUACCCACUUUUCAUCUCUGAAAUCCCGAUCAAAUUAUGGCAACUUUAACUGUUCCUCCGGUACCGGUUUCUCCCCGUGAUGAUGCGAUUCAGUUAUACAAAGCAUUCAAAGGAUUUGGAUGUGAUACUGCGGCGGUUAUUGGCAUACUUGCACACAGAGAUGCAACACAACGGUCUUAUAUCCAACAUGAAUACCGGACAAUGUAUUCUGAUGACCUUCUCAAACGUUUGUCUUCUGAAUUAAGUGGCAAAUUAGAGACUGCAGUAUUGCUUUGGAUGCAUGAUCCAGCAGGAAGGGAUGCGGUUUUAUUAAAAGAGGCGUUAACCCCAGACUUUAUCAAUCUUGACGCCGUAACAGAUGUCAUAUGCUCCCGGACUUCUGCCCAAGUGCAACAUCUCAAACAAAUUUACUACUCGACUUUCUCAAGUUAUCUUGAACAUGACAUCGAACAACAAGCUACUGGGGAUCACCAAAAGAUUUUGCUUGCCUGUAUAAACAAACCGCGUUAUGAAGGCAUGGAAGUUGAUAGGGAUAUGGCUGCAAAAGAUGCAAAGGCGUUGUACAAGGCUGGUGAAAAGAAACUAGGAACUGAUGAGAAGGUCUUUGUGCAGAUUUUCAGUGAAAGAAGUAGAGCACAUUUGGUGGCAAUAAACACAUGUUACCAUGACAUGUAUGGAGGAUCACUUAAAAAGGCUAUAAAGAGUGAAACUUCCGGGCUAUUUGAACGUGCACUUUUGACAAUCUUAAGAUGUGCUGAAAACCCUGCCAAAUAUUUUGCAAAGGAACUAUAUAAGUCGAUGAAAGGCUUAGGGACCAACGACACCACCCUUAUAAGGGUGAUUGUCACAAGAACUGAGAUCGAUAUGCAAUACAUAAAGACCGAAUACCAGAAAAAGUAUAAUAAGAGUUUGAAUGAUGCAGUUCACUCUGAAACAUCUGGUCAUUAUCGGACCUUCCUUCUCUCGCUUCUUGGUCCAAAUCAAUAGGUCGAUGAUCAGUUGUUACUUUACUCAACUGUCCUGUUUGUUUGUGCCAUAAGGUCCCAGUUUGUGUUUGUAAGUUUGUAUGGUUACUUGUACACCAGAUUUGUCUUCUUUAUCCCAUAUGUCAUACAAUAUAGUGGAUGUUUGCUAUUGCUUUAUGAAAAUGAUUAUUGUGUUUUCAA